UUGGUUGCUCUUGCUAUGCGCGCUCAGCCGCGCCGCGCCGCUCGGUGCUCAGCCGCUCACUGCCGCACUCUGGAGUCAGUACUAGUCUAACUGUGGUGAGGGACGGAUAAGGUCGUUGGCGCUUGUGCACUUUAUCUCGUGUAGUGACAUUAUUUCUCUAACUAGUGUGACGCCCUGGCUGAUCACGUGGCCUGAGUGACUCACCUGUAGCUUGGAGACUGAUGAUCACCAUGACAAACACCACGGCGGAACUCCCACACUCGAGGAUCUGAAAAGGUUGCACAAGAAGCUGCCCUGAGAGUGUGUGCGAGUGUAUUAUUCUGCCUCGUUUGCCUCACCAUCCACCCUGCCACCUCCACCUUGGUUCCACGUGCUUUCUUGUGACAGGUCGGCGCAGGUACAGGUCCACAGGAUGCCGCAGGCGUCGCUGGGAGUGUCCCCGGCGGAGGGUUCUGCCUAUGUUGGCAUCGACACCCUUCAGGAGCAGACGCGACUGAGGGCUCUGCGUCGCGGCUACACCUUCAAUCUGGUGGUGGUAGGACGAAGUGGUCUGGGCAAGUCCACUCUGGUCAACACACUCUUCAAGUCCUCGGUGGCCAGGAAGAAGGAGGGUCAGGAGGAGCCGCUGCCUUCUACUACACAGGUGAAGAAGGUGGAGACGACGGUGAGUGAGGGCGGGGUGAAGCUGCACCUCACAGUCACGGACACGCCUGGCUUCGGGGACCACAUCAACAAUGAGAACUGCUGGGACCCCAUCAUCAGCUACAUCGAGGAGCAGUACGACCGCUACCUGACGGAGGAGCAGAAGGUGCAUCGCCUGCUCAGGAUCCCAGACACCCGCGUGCACUGCUGCCUCUACUUCAUCCCGCCCUCAGGACACUCGCUGAGUUCCCUGGACGUGGAGGUGCUACGGAGACUGGAUAAGGUCACCAACGUAGUCCCCAUCAUAGCCAAGGCAGACACUCUCACCAUUGAAGAGCGAGACGCCUUCAAGGAGAGGAUUCGAGCCGAUUUGAAUGACCACGGAAUUAAGACUUACCCACUGGAGGACACGGCAGACAUUGACCACGCUAAGAUGAAGGAGCGUCUUCCCUUCGCCGUGGUGGGGAGCAACAAAUGGCACGAGGUUCACGGCAGGAAGGUGCUGGGCCGCCGCUCCACGUGGGGUCUGGUGGAGGUGGAGAACAAAGCCCACAAUGACUUUGCCUGCCUGCGGGACAUGUUGAUAAGGACACACAUGCAAGACCUUAUCGACUCCACGGACGAGAUUCACUACGAGAACUACAGGCGGACCAAGCUGUCGGCCGCCCUGCACAACGGCAACGCCACGCAGGAUACCAAGGAGUCCCAGAGCAAGCUAUAGGACACCACCACCACCACCACCACCAUCACCACCACUACUACCACCACUACUACUACUACUACUACUACUACUACUACUGAUGGGGGUGAUAGUGAAAGGUUCUCACGCUCAACUAGUUUUCUAUUAUGACUCAUGUAUUUGUGAUUCAUCUCUCUCUCUCUCUCUCUCUCUCUCUCUCUCUCUCUGUGUCGACGCCCAAUUGAGUUCAAAUUGGCCGCGCCUUUACUGACGUUAUUGUCAGGGCCAAGAAGUCUGCGUGCGUUUGCUUCUCCUUUUUGUUCCUUUGUGAUUCCCACGUACAUUAAUUGAGGAUCUAAUAAUAAUUUUCCUCAGAUCUGAAGUCCGUACUUUGCUUUUCAAGAUAACUGUUAAUUAUAAACCAAGAGGAGUAUCCAUUUUCUUUUAGUUUGCAUUCGUUAAUCUGAGUACAGUUUUGGGACCACUUGAAGAUUUGUUGCCUGUCAGUGUAAGCCGUUGAUAAACCAACUCAAAGACCACUUCUAUUUAUUUAUUUUUGUGUAAGGUAUAGGAAGAUCUAAAGGCUAAAAUAGGUUCACAAAAAAAAAAAAAAGAUGAAUAAAGAAGUAUCUAAGCGUAAGUAAGUCAUUGAUAAAUUAAGUCAAAACCCACUUUUUUUUCUCCCCGUUCUGUGCUUAAAGAAGGAAGACCCAAACGCAAAAAGAGAUUAACGAAAAGGUCUGCUGAGUAUCUCUCCCUUAAAAGAUGCGACAAUAAUAUGGGUUGAACAACAACUUUAUUUACCAGGCAAAGAUAGAAGGUAAGGGGGGUAAGGUAGGGAUAUAAGCACACCUGUAAAGAGGUGAGUUGUGGGAAACCAUCCUGUGUUAAUAAUCCUCUUCUAUCCAAUCAGUAACGCUGGAUUUAGUUUAGGCAAUGUUUAUUUUUUAUCAUUGGAUGGUAAAAUCUUCAAGUGAUCCUGAAUACCGUGUACUCUUCCUUCUCAAACACCUGAGGGUCACCUGCUGGCUAGUAGAGACAGGUGUGAAUUCCGACAGGUGUAAUCUUCCAAGUGACUUCUGCAGACUUGCCUUAUUACUAAAAGCUACAGAAAAAAUAAUCUAAAUCUAUAUAUACAUAAACUUUAACUUUUUCAUUGACUCUACAUAUUUUACAUUUGUUUAUUUCUGUCUGUAUACCUUUGUGUGAGUAAUGAUAAAUAGGUCACUGUUUGAUAGGCAGUCAUCUGUGUGUGUGUGUGUGUGUGUGUGUGUGUGUGUGUGUGUGUGUGUGUGUGUGUGUGUUUCAGCCUUGACAGUGGCCUUCGCAGGUGUUCAAAAGACAGAUGUGUGUGUGUGUGUGUGUGUGUGUGUGUGUGUGUGUGUGUGUGCCCGCGCAACUCAAGUCACAAACAAGUUAAUGUGAUUUUAAUGUGUUAGUCUGUUUAGUGUUGACUCUUAUAGUGGUUCACGUCUGGUUUCAUUGAGGUCACCGUCAUAGAAAGGUGUAAAUUAAUAGUGGACUCUAAUUAUUUAUUGCCUCUACUCCAUGAUUGUUGUUAUUGUAAUACUUCCAAUACUAAAAUGGAGAGACCUUACUAUUAUAUUAACUCCCCCAAAUACCUGACUGGAAAUCCAUCUUUAUUUUAUCGCUACUUUCAUUCCUCACUUAUUAUUUCUUUGCUCAAAUGUGAAAGCUUUUGUUACGGUUACGCAUUAUAAUUGUCCUUUUUUAUUCGUGUAGUAAUUUUCUCCAAGGCGCUGUUAUAGUUUUUAAGCCUUUCCGUUACCAGUUGCUGUUUAAUUUGUUUUGGUAAGUGUACUGAGAACGCUUAAACACUUUGGCAAGGGAUCCACGACCAUUCUUGUGCAGUCUGAAUCCACUCAGGUCGGCAGUCUCAAACGUUUCAUCCUCUCAUAUUGACUACCUUCAAAGUUCAACAGGCUCUAGUUAAAGUUUUUUUUUUUUUCAUAUGGUUAUAAUAGUUUGCCAAAGAUUCUGAUGUUGAAUAAGUUCUGAUAAGAGUUACUGGAGCGUUUUCAAUUGCGUUAUCAGGGUUCUUAUGAUGGUUUGACAAAAUUUCAUUACCUUUAAAAGCUCUCUUGUAAGUCAACAAAGGUUUUCACUGGUGUUUUGUAUGUCUUGUGGUAGGUUAACAAGAUUUCUCACACUUAAAAUGUUUCAGUACUGGGAUGAGUUUUGCAUGGGUAUGUUAUUGAUAUUCUAAAGACAAAGAAAAAAAUAUUCUUACCUUUGGCAAGCUUUAUUAGAAGUUACUGGGGUUCUCAAGGAUGUUUUUCUAUAUUCUGUUCGAAGGAAAGAAGACUUCUACAUUUUAUUGGAGUUUUUAAAGGUAUUUUCCUGAUUUCAGUAAAUUAUCAAGAAUCUUGCAUUGUUUAGAAUUAGAAACAUCCCAUGAGAACCUGCUCAAUGAUAAGGGUGGCCUUUGAACGUGUUCCUGGUGGGAGAUGAGAGCGUGUCAGGCAGAACAGGGACCUCAGAGCCCAGACUCACCUGUCGUGUCCUCAGUCAGUGUUCCUUGCCAAAUGUCCUCGAGACCCGAUGUAUAUGACGGCUGUUUCUAUGAUACAUAAUUCAUUUUUAA